AUGGCUCCCUCACUUGUUAAUGACCCCGCCCGGGUCGCUACCAUUAUGCUGUCCUGGCACUCACUCGAUCUCAUCUCCUGCACCACUCUGCAAACAUUGUGGGCUGGCUAUGGACAAAUAUGUGCUAUCAUCGUCCAAGCUACCACUGAUGAAGCGGCAGAGAAGCUUAGCAAGCUUUGCGGGGUGCAGCUAGGCGCCGUUGGAACCAUCUACCCUCUUAUUUUGAAGCUCAUUUCACCCCCAAGAGAAAACAGCCAUGAGGACGAGGGCCACUUACGGAAAAUGCUCAGCUAUGAAGUAGAGCAGCGCUUUUACAAAGAUGUGGUGCCAUUAUUGGGAGAUGAUCUUGCCGUUGCCCAAUGCCUCGCUUCGACACGAGAUAUGGCGGGCAAGGAGGGUGAGGAGGAACUCCGCGGUCUGAUGGCGACCAUUAUGGUUGAUCUCCGGCCCAGGUUUCCUAUAGCAGGCGGAAAAAGAAGUGCACUGAGCCGUACUCAAGUACAUGGAGCGCUGGACUGGCUGGCCAAGUUUCAUAGCCGCUCGUGGGAAUGGCUCCCCGACAAUCUUACGCGAUAUGUUUUGCCACCACUCGAAGAAGCCAAAAGAAGGCAGAACAUAGGCGAAGUAAUUGGGAAUACCCUAUGGCUCAAUGGAGGAUACACCUACCUCGCAACACGACGGAAAGAGUAUUCUUCCCUUGCGCGAGACAUAGAUUCUGAAUGGUCAGAAGCCAUGUGCAAGCCCGUGGGCACUUGCUCCCAGUCUGUUGCUGAGAUGGCUGCCUUGCUACUCAUUCCUUGUGGAAGGCCAAUUGAAUCAUACAUCCACGGCGAUGUCAAGUCCGAGAAUCUCUUCACCACAGUCAAAGGAGACAAGGUUGCAUUUUUUGACUUCCAGUAUGUUGGACUCGGCCUGGGAGUUUGUGACCUUGCGAAACUCUUCACCUGCUCAAUUCCUUUGCAAAUGCUCGUGGAUGCUGAUGAUCCUUUGCCCGAGCGCUUGCCGAUGUGUGGCGGUGAGAGGAACCUGCUGGAAAUCUAUCGCAGGAGUUUACUCCACAAUAAAGACCCAGGGCUAUAUCCAUGGGAGGCCUUUAAAAGGGAUUGGGAAACUGCAUUGGUUGACUGGUGCAGAUUCCAGGCAUCCUGGGGCUUUUGGGGUAACACGGAGUGGCUCGAGGCUCGCGUAAGGUCAAUCCUGAGUGACCAGGAUUGGAGAGCCUGGCUCCAGGAGAGCCUAGCGACUCGAAGUCGUUGA